GUAACCUCUGUGUUAUUACAUUUCUCUGUAUCCCCUCCCUCUGUCCCUACAGCACUUAGAAGCCUGCCUCCGACAGAUGAGCAAGCGAGCACAGUGCUCAGGAGCUCCGACUUGAGAGUCAGAUCAAUGAGGGUUUGAGUCCCGGCUCUGAAAAAUGGGCACCCUGAAAGGGCCCAUAAAACCACAGGGUUGUACGAGGACACAGGUGACUAGAUGCACCCCGUCAGAGCCCGAUGAGUAGAAGUUCUUAUGAAUAGGAGCUCCGAGGACCCCCGUAAAUUGGGUCCAGAGCAGCAGCUCUGACGGACGCGGCCUCCCCGAGAUGUUUCCCUCGGUUGUAUUCAAAUCGGGUAACAAUGGGCCUGGCGUUCUGGGAGGAGCCGAGGGUGGUCCCUCAGAUGCCGGUGGCCGGAGCCCACAGGGAAGUCAAACACCUCCUGGGCUGGACGUCUGCACCAUGGACAGGGAUCUGAGUGACAACGACAGUGUGGUGGACCUUAGCUUCGAGGCCGAGAGUCCUCCGGCGCCCCCAGCCGAGCUCCUGGAGAGACUGACCAGCUGUGACUGGCUUCUUCAAGGAGGUGGACAGCAGAUAUUCUUCCCACCUUUGGAGGCUCCCGGGAGACCCCUGGAACAAAGGUGCUGGUCCUCAUUCAUGGAACACAGCAGAGUCCCCAUGGUGACAGAGGAAGUGGCUCGGGAAGCCCUCCUCAGCUUUGUGAGCUCCAAACGCUGCUAUGGCCGCGCAGCCGCCGGUGACCUCGUCAUCCAGAAGCUCAAGCAGCAGACCCUCUGCAGGUAUCGACUAGAGACUUUUACCGAAUCCAGAAUAAGCGAAUGGACAUUUCAACCCUUUACUAACCAGUCAGUGGAUGGGCCACAAAGAGGGACCUCCCCCAGGCUUUGGGACAUCAGGGUCCAGGUCCCCCCGAUGUUUCAGGAAGACAUGAGGAAGUUUCAAGUCCCUCACUCGUCACUGGUCAAGGGAUGCCACAAAUGUCGUGGGCGUGGGUGUUACAAAUGCAGCGGCUGCCAUGGGGCCGGCAUGGUGAGGUGCCCAUCCUGCAGCGGAGCCAAGCGCAAAGCCAAGCAGUCCCGCAGGUGUCAGCUGUGCUCGGGGUCUGGCCGGCGGAGGUGCAGCACCUGCUCAGGGAGGGGCAACAAGACCUGUGCCACCUGCAAGGGAGAGAAGAAACUGUUGCACUUCAUCCAGCUGGUCAUUGUGUGGAAAAACAGCCUGUUUGAGUUUGUGUCUGAGCACCGACUGAAUUGCCCUGGGGAGCUCCUUGCUAAAGCCAAAGGAGAAAGCCUCUUUAAGGAUGAAAGCACCAUGGUGUACCCCAUUGUGGAUUUCCCGCUGCGGGAGAUCUCUCUGGCCUCCCAGAGGGGCAUUGCCGAGCACAGUGCUGCCCUGGCCUCCCGGGCCCGAGUCCUGCAGCAGCGCCAGACCAUCGAGCUGAUCCCCCUCACAGAAGUGCAUUACUGGUACCAAGGACGGACUUACGUCUACUACAUCUAUGGCACAGACCACAGAGUGUAUGUGGUUGAUUACCCCGAGCGGUACUGCUGUGGUUGUACCAUCAUCUGACGUGGCCCAGCCACCUCCAGAGCCAGGAGGACAAAUGAGGUCCCGGAGUUUGCUCGUCAUUGGCUGCAUCCUAUACAAACCCCGGUGUGUCCUUCUAGACAAUUCAGCUUAUCAUCUGUCAAGCCACAGGUCUUUCCAGAGUUCCUCUGGGGGGAUCCGUCAUGUGUUUAACCUACGAGAAUUCAGCUACACACAUUUUUUGGGAACAAAUAAUUUAAGCGGCUGGGGCCAUGCCUCUGGUCUCCAAGCUAACGUCCUGCCCCGCUAGAGCUUGUGGUUAGAUUUUGCCUCUCCCUUGGCCUGUCUCUGUUCUUCCAUGCUGCUGCUAGCGUGAGCCAUUUGCUAAGCCGAGUGUUGCUCAGAUGUUCAGAGCUGUCCUACAAACCGGCUGCCUCUUAACGUGCACCACACAGUGCUCUUAGGCAUCGAGAACAAAAUUUACUCCCUAUUCUGUGGGCUAGGAAUUCAGAUGCAGACACAGUGGAGGUGGUUUAUCUCUGCUCUGUGAUGUCUGGGGUCUCACCUGGGAGAUGUGAAGGCUGGGGUGGCUCAAGAGCAGGGGGCUCGGAUCAUCGGAAGGCUGGCUCACCCAGAGGUCUGGCCGUGGACGGUGGCUGUCUGCCGGGACAUCCCCGAGGACUGUCAGCUGGAACACCUACAGGCCACCUCUCUGUGCGGCCUGGGCUUCCUCACCAUGUGGCAGCUCUUGGGGUAAGCGGCCGUCAUGCACACCCCAAUUGAAGAAAUAGAGAUCUGUUUCCAAGCUGCUGUGUUGGAUAAACUGCAGGUCUACGUGCUGGUCUCUAACGUGGUGCGUGUGCAGGGGUGGGUUUUGGAGAGUGAUUCUGGAUAUAUGUAGAUUCUUACAUAAUGUGCCGACCUUAGAACCUGCUCAUUAGUAGGACCUGAACUGGGUGUCCUGUGCACCCAGUCAUGUGCAUGAACUCCCACUUUGUGCAGCAAGGCUGGGUGGGUGCAGGGGAUGCUCUGCCGACUGAAUGCCCAGUCUGCUUUGGGGGCCAGCUGGGCCACUGUGCACCUGGUUGGGGGUAACCAGAGGCCCCUGUCAUCUUAUUCCAUCUGCACCCCAUCCAGAAGGGGAUUGCUACACACUGAGAGGGCCAGGUGGUGCCCCCUUGUUCCCCAAGCUCCUGCUGGCCUGCAGCCUUGUCCCCCUUGGUGUGGGAGGAUGUGGACAUAACAGGCCUCCCUGAGGGAAGCUUGGGAAGUCUGAGGCUACCCUCCAGGGCACUGUUGACAAAUGAUAUGCAAAUGAGCACUCGCACCCUCACCUGCCAAACCCUUGCCCCGGGAUUGCCCAUAUUACAUUAGGUUACUGCUGUACCCUCGAGUCUAGCCGAACUACUGGUGGGGUCUUGCUCACAAGAGCAUCGGCAUUUGGUGUCCCGCUCCCUUGGGGUUUCAUGGAAGACAAGGGGAAAUUGAGAAGCAAAGGGACGUGAACCAGGAGGCUGAGUCACCUGGUCCUGGCCAACCUUCCAGGCUCAGACUUUGCCUCCCACGCCGGCUGACCCUGGCCAAUGCCACACGUUCUGCAUGUGGGGGAGGCUGAGGGCAGGAUGAGGUUCGUCCUCGCCUUGCCCGGCCCUCUGGCCCCUGGGGAUGGAGCCUGGUGGCGGCUGGGGAGACUCCCUUCCUCCCCUUCCUCCCCUUCCUCCUGGAGCUCUGCAGUGCUCAAGUCUGGGAGGCCAGCACCUCGACCCUGGUGUCCCUACAGCCCACCUCUCUGGGGCUCCCCUGGGUUGCUGCUGCCCCCUGGGGGCAGGCAGGCUUUUGGGUUGUUGCAGUGACUGGAAGUGACACUCCUGGCAUUUGGUGGACGGAGAACAGGAAAGCCAGCUGGCUACCACUCUGCGCAGUGAAGCCUGUUUCACGUCUUCCAUGACUCGCAGAUCUGCCACUGACCUUCACCGAGAACUUCAUUACCCAGAACCUCAGCAGGGACUGCUGACUGCAGUGCUCACCCUCGCUUACCGGUCAGCUCUGCUCUUCGAUUUUCCCGUAUGGUUAGGAAUUGCUCCGGUCCUCUCACUUCUUGAAGUCCAAACUUGUAACUCCCUGACGACUUCGUUACAGCCCCUCACACCUUCCUGCCUGAGCUGUCACACCCGGAAAUACGUGCAGUAAAAUGUUACUUUCUUCUCA